AUUCCUACGUAGCCACGUAUUACAGCUUUAUCUGGAGUGUUAUAAAUCUUUUAUGAUAUUGUUUGGUGGAAAAUAAAAUGUUCCGUCGGAAGCUCACGGCUUUAGAUUAUCAUAAUCCUUCGGGUUUUGACUGCACAGAUGAAACCGAGUUCAGAAAUUUCAUCGUCUGGCUGGAGGAUCAGAAAAUCAGACAUUAUAAAAUCGAGGAUCGUGGAAACCUCAGGAACAUCUCGAGCUCUGAGUGGCCAAAGUCCUUUGAAAAGUAUCUACGAGACGUGAGCUGCCCGUUCAGCGUUCAGGAAAGGUGCGAGGCCAUCGACUGGCUGCUGGGUCUCGCAGUUCGGUUUGAAUAUGGCGACAAUGUGGAGAAAUACAGAAACUGCACACCUGCAGUGGAGGUGAAGAACGCAACACAAAAACCAGCCGACCCUCUCAUUAACCUGGACAUCAACAAUCCCGAUUUUAAGGCCGGAGUGAUGGCCCUGGCAAACCUUCUCAAGAUUCAGAGACACGAUGACUACCUGGUGAUGCUGAAGGCUGUUAGGAUCCUUGUCCAAGAACGCUUGACUCCUGAAGCCAUUUCAAAAGCCAGCAAGUCAAAAGAGGGGUUGCCAGUUGCGUUGGACAAGCACAUCCUAGGGUUUGACACCGGAGACGCCACUCUGAACGAAGCGGCUCGUAUCCUCCGGCUCCUGCACAUCGAGGAGCUGCGCGAGCUCCAGACACGAAUCAACGAGGCCAUCGUGGCUGUGCAGGCCAUCAUCGCCAACCCAAAGACCGACCACCGUCUCGGCAAAGUGGGCAGAUGAUCACACACCCCGUGGUGGACGGCGUGGAACACGACGGGACGAUUGGUGUUUAAGCGUGCCGUGGUUUUGUGGAUAAAUUACAUUUUUUUUUUUUUUUUUUUUUUUGGGUGAAGAUUUUUGUGUUGCGCUUUAGACCUGAAAGCUCAAAUGUUUUUGGACAUGUGGAGAAAAUUUGAGUUGCACCAUCACAUUAACAGUUUGUUCACUUUUUCAGAGCACCGUCAGUUCCCUGUAACAGGUCUUGGAAUGGAAGGCGUGGCUUUUGGACAGCAAGGUUUUUGUGUGUGUGUGUGUGUGUGUGUGUGUGUGUGUGUGUGACUUUUUCUUUCAAUGGAAAACGAGAUAAAACUGCAAAGGCAUGUGUGCAUACAUAUAAAUUACAUGAAUGAAAA